GGGAUACGACAGUUCACCCGUGAUUUAGGAACAAGUCCGCUCUCCGUGCGUUAGGAAUGCGUCACUUCACCAUGCUCAUUUCACCGGCACGCGAGGAUACGUGACGUCACGCCGCUUAGAGCGAGGUGCGUAAGUUAACACAUUGUGGCACGUGACUUUAGAAAGAUGUGUGAUAUCAAAAAUACGUGCACAUUUUCUCGCUUAGAGCGUUUGACCCUAGCGUGCCGUCUUCAAAUAAUAAGUCCUGCCGGGCUGUAUCAACUGCACAGUACAUGGCAUUCAAAUGUACUAGUAGAUUAAGCUUGUUACACAAUAGUGUCAUCAGAUCUACGCCGACGGGUGUAACCCAAACGGUAAUAACACAGUUAUUUUUAUUUAAUUAUUUUUUUUGUUGAGCAGACUGAGUUUUUUGGGUUUGUUUCUUGGCCGACGCAUGGUUGGUAGUGUUUAGGACUACGGUGUUAGAAGGAUUUCUUCACCCAGUGAGGACAGCAAUGUCAUUGGCGUACUUGUUUCACGUAGAUUAUAACUAUUACGACCUCUAUCUUCAUCUUUACUAUUAUUUAUGUCAUUUUUGAGGCAAAGAAGCGCCCUGGUUAUGUAAUAAUGAUACAAAUAUCAAGGCGACGUCCAAUUAAGACUUUCAGACUGCUUAUGUCAAAGAUUGAUAUCAUUGUUAUGUCAAAGAGUGAAGUCAUUGUUAUGUCAAAGCGUGAGGCAAUUGUUAUGUCAAAGAGUGAAGUCAUUGUUAUGUCAAAGAGUGAAGUCAUUGCUAUGUCAAAGAGUGAAGUCAUUGCUAUGUCAAAGAGUGAAGUCAUUGCUAUGUCAAAGAGUGAAGUCAUUGUUAUGCUAAAGAGUGAAAUCAUUAUUAGGUCAAAGAGUGAAGUCAUUGUUAGGUCAAAGAGUGAAAUCAUUGUUAGGUCAAAGAGUGAAAUUAUUGUUAUGUCGAAGAGUGAAAUCAUUGUUAUAACAAUGAGUGAAAAUCAUUGUUAGGUCAAAGAGUGAAAUCAUUCAAAGACUGAAAUCAUUGUGAUGUCAAAGAGUGAAAUCAUUGUGAUUUCAAAGUGUGAAAUCAUUGUGAUGUCAAAGUGUAAAUCAUUGUGAGGUCAAAGAGUGAAAUCAUUGUGAUGUCAAAGAGUGAAAUCAUUGUUAGGUCAAAGAGUGAAAUCAUUGUUAGGUCAAAGAGUGAAAUCAUUGUUAGGUCAAAGAGUGAAGUCAUUGUUAGGUCAAUGAGUGAAGUCAUUGUUAGGUCAAUGAGUGAAGUCAUUAUUAGGUCAAAGAGUGAAAUUAUUAUUAUGUCCAAGAGUGAAAUAAUUGUUAGGUCAAUGAGUGAAAUUAUUAUUAUGUCAAAGAGUGAAAUCCUUGUUAUAUCAAUGAGUGAAGUCAUUGUUAGGUCAAUGAGUGAAAUCAUUGAUAUGUCAAAGAUUAAUAUCAUUGUCAUGUCAAAGAUUAAUAUCAUUGUUAUGUCAAAUAGUGAAAUCAUUAUUAUGUCAAAGACUGAAAUCAUUGUUAUGUCAACGAGUGAAAUCAUUGUUAUGUCAAAGAUUAAUAUCAUUGUCAUGUCAAAGAUUAAUAUCAUUGUAAAAGUAAAAGCAUUGUUAUGUCAAGGACUGAAAUCAUUGUGAUGUCAAGGACUGAAAUCAUUGUUAGGUCAAAGACUGAAAUCAUUUGUUAAACAUAUCUUCCAGGCUGCAUUGUUGAAUACAAUGACAUACUUUUGUAAAAACAAUCAACAUAUGAGUUAUACUUCCUACAUGAGGAUAACAGUAAGGUGUUCAUUGACGUACGGCCUGUUGCCUUUUGGUUGUAAUCCAAGAUCUGGCGUGGCGCCCAGAUGCCUCUUUCAAUAAGGUGGACUGUUCAAAGGGCACACAGCAGCGCCUGUGGCGUUAAGCGGGACUUGAAUCAUCACGGAUAAAGUUCAUUGGGCACAACACGUUUACUACACGAAAAUUAUGAUACAAGGUUACUACAUGAACUACAUUUUGUAUUCUCAAAGCAAAUGAUCGAACAACUUUAGUGGCGGCAUUCAAAGACACGACGCGACCUUUCAUAUAGGGCAAUUGUACUACAUUCGAAAUAAGGCAAUUGUACUACAUUCGAUAUAAGGCAAUUGUACUACAUUCGAUAUAAGGCAAUUGUACUACAUUCGAUAUAAGACAAUUGUACUACAUUCGAUAUAAGGCAAUUGUACUACAUUCGAUAUAAGGCAAUUGUACUACAUUCUAUAUAAGGCAAUUGUAUUACAUUCGAUAUAAGGCAAUUGUACUACAUUCGAUAUAAGGCAAUUGUACUACAUUCGAUAUAAGGCAAUUGUACUACAUUCGAUAUAAGGCAAUUGUACUACAUUCGAUAUAAGGCAAUUUGUACUACAUUCGAUAUAAGGCAAUUGUACUACAUUCGAUAUAAGGCAAUGUACUACAUUUCAUGUCAGGCAAUUGUACUACAUUUCAUGUCAGGCAAUUGUCCUACAUUUGAUAUAAGGCAAUUGUAGUACAUUUGAUAUAAUGCAAUUAUACUACAUUUGAUAUGAGGAAAUUGUACUACUUUUGAUUGAAGGCAAUUGUGCUACAUUUCAUAUAAGGCAAUCGUACUACGUUGAUAUAAGGCAAUUGUACUGCAUUUUGUUUAAGGCAAUUGUACUACGUUUCUUAAGGCAAUUAUACCACGUUUCAUAAGGCAUUUGUGCUACAUUUCAUAUAAGGCAAUUGUACUACGUUUCAUAUAAGGCAAUUGUACUGCAUUUGGUUUAAGGCAAUCCUACUACGUUUCAUAUAAGGCAAUUGUACUGCAUUUGGUUUAAGGCAAUUGUACUACGUUUCUUAAGGCAAUUAUACCACGUUUCAUAAGGCAUUUGUGCUACAUUUCAUAUAAGGCAAUUGUACUACGUUUCAUAUAAGGCAAUUGUACUACGUUUCAUAUAAGGCAAUUGUACUACGUUUCAUAUAAGGCAAUUGUACUACGUUUCAUAUAAGGCAAUUGUACUGCAUUUGGUUUAAGGCAAUUGUACUACGUUUCUUAAGGCAAUUAUACUACGUUUCUUAAGGCAAUUAUACCACGUUUCAUAAGGCAUUUGUGCUACAUUUCAUAUAAGGCAAUUGUACUACAUUUGGUUUAAGGCAAUUGUACUACGUUUCAUAUCAGGCAAUUGUACUGCAUUUGGUUUAAGGCAAUUGUUGUUGUUGUUCGUCCGUCGAAGUCGACAAGGACCAUCGAAUCAUCCGGUUAGGGGCGGGCGGGGGGGGGGGGGUUGGGAUUAUGGUGAGCUCUUAUGUGGCUUGUUAGACCGAUCCUUGCUCGGAAUAAUCUAUGACACCGUGGGCAUGGAAUAGUUGCUUCAGGCGAUGACCUAAUGUUGCUCUUUCGGACAAGCCUGCGUGCCUCAGCUGUGGUUAUUCUCUUAGCUCCUUGGGAUUUAGCACCCUUCUUGACAGCAGCUCUCCAUCUGGCAAUUGUACUACGUUUCUUAAGGCAAUUAUUCCACGUUUCAUAAGGCAUUUGUACUACAUUUCAUAUAAGGCAAUUGUACUAAAUUUCAUAUAAGGCAAUUGUACUACGUUUCAUAUAAGGCAAUUGUACUACGUUUCAUAUAAAGUAAUUGUACUAUCUGCCAUAUAAGACAAUGAUACGACCUUCCAUAUAAGGCAAUGAUACUACUUUCCAUAUAAAGCAAUGAUACUAUCUUCCAUAUAAAGCAAUGAUAUUAUCUUCCAUAUCAGGCAAUGGACACAAUUGUCCGACAAUAAAUAGUAUCAAUUUCAUCCAAAUUAUAUACGAUAGUCGUCGAAUUGUAUAUGGCAUUGGAACAUUAUAUACGAUAGUCGUCGAAUUGUAUAUGGCAUUGGAACAUUAUAUACGAUAGUCGUCGAAUUGUAUAUGGCAUUGGAACAUUAUAUACGAUAGUCGUCGAAUUGUAUAUGGCAUUGGGACAUUAUAUACGACAUACAAUUGAUAUUUAAUUAUAUGCGGCAGUCCAUUUAUGAAAUUCCUUAAACUAUAUUUGACAAUCCAUAAUUUGCGAAAUUCAAUAAAUUGUAUGUAACAGUCUGUAAAUUAAAUGAGUCAUUUAAUAAAUUAUAGUCGACACUAAAUGAAUCGUACGCGACAUUUAUUAUAAGGAUCUCAUUGUCUAUAAAUUAAAUGCAACAUUUAAUACAUUGUGACAUUCCAUUUUAGUUAUAGAUUCUGCCCCAGUUUGCUUGAAUAAUCUUGACAUUUCUUCUUUUCAGCUACUAUGAUACCAGACGUCCAUCGUUCAUCGUUGUUGGAUGCCCACGCGAUUUGUGCACACCUGGACUCCAGUGACCUGGCUCGCUCUGGUUACAAAUGAUAUAAGUUCCCUGUGGCGGGGAAAGAUUAGCACCCUCGCAAACAGGGCUCGCCAUUUUGAUGCUGUGUCUCCUCUUGACGAGAGGGGGUCGGUCAUUUUGUUAAGCUUGUAUAGCUGGCCUCGCGCCAUCUGGUACCAACAUAAAUAUCUGCUGAAGCGGUACUGAGGUGGGUAAGAGCCGGUAGAUGACAACAAAAAGCAAUAACAGACUUUACACAUGUCGUGGGAUUUGAUCCAGCGUCCCUGUGUUAUUGGUGGCAACACCUUGUUAUCUGGUGGAUCUGGUUAACUCGGUUCAGGACAAGCUAUGUCCACACAACAAGGUCGGGUCUAAGAUGGCCCCGUGCGACGACAACAAUGAGAUCACACGGGAACUUCAGUUCGGUUGUUUGGUUUUAAUCCUUUCGGUUACUAAGCCUCUGUAAUUAAAUGUGGAGUUAUCAAAAUAAGAAAUUAAUCUUAAUAUUUCGUUACAGGAUUUAAACAGCGCUGCUGAUCUAUAGGUUUGUGUUAGGUAAUGUACUAGGCAGAAUUCAACAAGUAGGUUUCAGGUAGUAUUGGGAUAACACUUGUUAUAGAAUGCUAACAAUGUCCUUGUUUUAUUUUUCUUGGAAUGAUACCAACACGACGUCACUUCUAUAAGUGAGCUGCGACGUCACUCGUGCUAGCGAUCCCUGACCUGAACAAUGGAUCACGUCAACAGUAACUACGUCCCGAACGCGACCCACGACGGCGUGACCAAAGGUCGUGGCGUGACCGGACACGACCUGGAAGCGUACACGGUCGUGCUGUCCGUGGCCGCCCACCUGCUGUCCAUGCUGUUCGGUGGGGGCAGCAGCGUGACCGUGAUCAUCGCCAUCACCACGCGGCGCAACAUCAACAAGUACAGCUACACGCUGGUGCUGACGCUCUUCCUCGCCUGCUGCUGCCUCAACUUUGUCUGGAGCCCGCUCGAGAUCGCCGACCUCAUCAUGUACCACUACGUUCACCGGCAUCCGUGCGGCGGCUUCCUGGCCGUCAAGACGGCCGCGUACAUCUUUCUCGUCUUGGUCCUCGGCCUGGUCAUCGUGCUCCUGUCCGCCGAGGGCAUAGUCAGGAUGAAGAACAAAUACGGUCGGGUGCUGCGGAAGCUGUGGCCGUUGUUAACGUGCGUCUUCGUCCUUUUCCUCUCCGCGUUUCUCACGGCGGUGUUCGCCACCAUGUGCUCGCGGCACGUCGGUGGAUUGGAGGCGUCCUACGUGCUGGAGGACGGCGACGCGAGGUCGACCUUCCUGGCCCUGGUCACGUUCGCGUUUGGCGCCACACUGCUCACCCUCGCCGCGCUUGGCCUGGUGCUCCUCAAGGAGAUGGUCUACUGGGAGGACGGGCGACCACACUUCCGACAGAAGAACAUGAAACUGACCAUUCCGGAAUUCCUCAUCAGCCAGUCAAAUGCGUGUGCUGAUAACGACGGCGGGUUCGAGCCCAGUCAGAGCGGGACGCCCUCGCCGUCCACGCCCAAGCUGUUGAUGGUCAGUGACCCGGACACGGCCUCCAUUAAGGGCGAGGACGCCAACACGAUAUCGGAGCUACCCAGUCCAAUCAUCAAGCCCAUGGGCAACCGACUGGGCAUCAACAUGGCACAGGUAGGAGAUUACUACCUGAUUAUCUGUUUAUUAAUAGUUGCGUUCAAUCUGGGAAAAGUAUUUCUUCAAAACGUAAUGAUAGGAAUGCGUUAUGUUAAUAUGAGGCAAAUCAUUUUUAUUGAAUUAUUUUUCUACAAAGGUUUCUCCGCCAAUUUUGAACUCUGCACCCCUGCGAAUUGUUUGACUAAGUAUUGCACCCCAUAAGAAUUGUUUGACAAAGUAUCGCAUUCCAUAAGAAUUAUUUGACUAAGUAUCGAACCCCAUAAGAAUUGUUGGACAAAGUAUCGCACCCCAUAAGAAUUGUUUGACUAAGUAUCGCACCCCAUAAGAAUUGUUUGACUAAGUAUCGCACCCCAAAGAAUUGUUUGACUAAGUAUCGCACACCAUAAGAAUUGUUUGACUAAGUAUCGCAAACCAAAGAAUUGUUUGACUAAGUAUCGCACCCCAUAAGAAUUGUUGGACAAAGUAUCGCACCCCAUAAGAAUUGUUUGACUAAGUAUCGCACCCCAUAAGAAUUGUUUGACUAAGUAUCGCACCCCAUAAGAAUAGUUUGACAAAGUAUCGCACCCCAAAAAAGAAUUGUUUGACGAAGUAUCGCACCCCAUAAGGAUUGUUUGACAAAGUAUCGCACCCCAUAAGAAUUGUUUGACUAAGUAUCGCACCCCAUAAGAAUUGUUUGACUAAGUAUCGCACCCCAUAAGAAUAGUUUGACUAAGUAUCGCACCCCAAAGAAUAGUUUGACUAAGUAUCGCACCCCAAAGAAUUGUUUGACUAAGUAUCGCACCCCAUAAGAAUAGUUUGACUAAGUAUCGCAGCCCAUAAGAAUAGUUUGACUAAGUAUCGCACCAACGAACGAAUCGUUUGACUAAGUAUCGCACCCCAUAAGAAUAGUUUGACUUAGUAUCGCACCCCAUCAGAAUUGUUUGACUAAGUAUCGCACCCCAUAAGAAUUGUUUGACUAAGUAUCGCACCCCAUAAGAAUUGUUUGACUAAGUAUCGCACCCCAAAGAAUUGUUUGACUAAGUAUCGCACCCGAUAAGAAUUGUUUGACUAAGUAUUGCACCCCAUAAGAAUAGUUUGACUAAGUAUCGCAGCCCAUAAGAAUAGUUUGACUAAGUAUCGCACCAACGAACGAAUCGUUUGACUAAGUAUCGCACCCCAUAAUAAUAGUUUGACUAAGUAUCGCAGCCCAUAAGAAUAGUUUGACUAAGUAUCGCACCAACUAACGAAUCGUUUGACUAAGUUUCGCACCCCAUAAGAAUAGUUUGACUAAGUAUCGGAGCCCAUAAGAAUAGUUUGACUAAGUAUCGCACCAACGAACAAAUCGUUUGACUAAGUUUCGCACACCAAAUCAAAAUUAUUUUUUUUAAAGGUCGGUUGAAUAUCAAUAUAUUUUAUCUUAAUAAAAUGAGAGCAAUAGGGCUUACAAAAUAAAAGUUUCCUUUACAACAUAUAGGACAGAGUGUUUGGAGCCCGUAGCCAGAGCGUUUGGAGCCCGUAGCUAGAGUGUUUGGAGCCCGUAGCCAGAGUGUUUGGUGUUUGGAGCCCGUAGCCAAAGUGUUUGGAGCCCGUAGCUAGAGUGUUUGGAGCCCGUAGCAAGAGUGUUUGGAGCCCGUAGCUAGAGUGUUUGGAGUAUUGAAUUGUGUGCAUCCACUAGACUGGCGCCCGGGGAAAUAUGCCCCCCAUAUGCCCCCCCCCCCGCUGCCCACCCUUACCUACGACUCUGGAAACACUUGGUCAAAACGUGACGCUAUAUUUCAACCAUAAAACGAAUGGCCUUUUGAAAUAUCUAGUUCCGUCCUAUUAUUGGCCAGCGGUUGCUGCAAUCUUACCGUCAGUCUGCUCUAUGGUCGCCAGUUUAGUGACUCGGCUGUUGGGGAGAGGGGGGGGGUGUCCAGAGGCCUUAAUGCAGAUACGAUUAAGUAGUGGGCUGUGGUGGGAGUACACAGCUGGCCCGGGGUUCAUUAAUAAGCUUUCUGAGUCACCCACCUAAGUUAGCCACCAAAGCCAACCGUUUUUCAGGGAAGAGGGGGGAGAGUAUGUCAGACAUUGAGCCAAAUGUCAGACAUAUAGCCACAUGUUAGACAUAGAGCCAAAUGUCAGACAUAGAGCCAAAAGGCUUAAGGGCCGAGAGCGGUUGUUAACAUUUUCAUGGACCCAAUCAAGAUGCGUCAGUUCGAAAUAAAAUUAAGGCUUAAAAAAAAAAAAAAAAAAUAAAAUUAAACACUCUUGUAUUGUAUUAUUUAUGGGGCUCAAUCUCCCCCCCCCCCUUUUUUUAUUUUUUCACUCGGCCAGUCUGGUCAAAUGUAUGGGUAAAUUGAAAUAAAUAAUAUUUAAAAAUGUCAUUGUCAAAGUCCAAGGAUAUAACCAACAUAACAGGUAAAGAAUCGUCGUUCUUAAGGUUUCAUGUGUGGUCAAGCAUUUGUAAACUUAACACCCCGUGUUAGCCAAAUCUUACCCUACUGUCAUGCAAGUGAUACGAUCGAAAUGCUUGUAAAGGAACGAUAUGUAGAGCUAAACUGGAGGUACUUUAUGUAGAGCUAAACUGAGGGUACUUUAUGUAGAACUAAACUGAAGGUACUUUAUGUGUAGCUAAACUGAAUGUGCUUUUGGUAGAGCUAAACUGAAUAUACUUUAUGUAGAGGUCAACAGAAUGUACUUUAUGUAGAGCUAAACUGAGGGUACUUUAUGUAGAGUUCAACUGAGGGCAAUUUAUGUAGAGUUAAACUGAAGGUACUUUAUGUAGAGCUAAACUGAAGGUACUUAGAGCUAAGCUGAAUAUACUUUAUGUAGAGGUUAACAGAAGGUACUUUAUGUAGAGAUCAACAGAAGGUACUUUAUGUAGAGCUAAACUGAAGGUACUUAGAGCUAAGCUGAAUAUACUUUAUGUAGAUGUCAAAAGAAGGUACUCUAUGUUUCUGUAGAGCUAAACUGCGGUGAUUGAGCCAUGUCAUAUGAGCAUAAACUAAAAGUUGCUGUGGCCCUGCCUGACACAGAUUUCAUAUUUUCCAACAGGUUCUAGGCCGCCGCCGCCACACCAUCUGUCAGAUCAGCGACUCCAGCAACGUGUCCACGCCGGCUGACCCCAUCUCCAAGGCCAAGCAAUACAACUACGUCAGAAAGUUCUCGGUAGAUAUCUCAGCGCUGCAGGCGCAACUGCAAAACCCCAAAAUCUUCAAGGACGCUCCAUUCCAAUCAGACAUUGACCUCACCAAAAGGUCGCCAGCGGAAGGAUCUAAACCCGCUGCCCCGAGGCCCCUGUUGCCGCUAAAGCCACUGUCGUUGAAAUUUGACGAAAAAGAGGAGAGGGUUAAGACGGCGGAGGAUGAGAAACACACGAAGGAGCCCGGCAGGGCAGGCCUCAACAUUCCACCACCUCCGAUGAUCACGGUGUCCAACGAAGACACCCAGUCCAACCACUUAGACAUGGACAUGCCCAGUGAUGUCCACGGUUCGGAUAUUCCAAAUGAUAUCCAUGGAUCCGAUAAAACAAAUGAUACCGAUGUCACGGAUAUCCAGAUUGAUAUCCACGGCUCAAGAGAAUCAUUCCACCAGCAGACUAAGCUGAAUUCACGCGCCAACAGCGUGGCCCAGAAACCCACGUCGCUGGCGUUUAAGGACACCACUUCGACAGAAGAGCACGUCUCCGUGCCGACACUGGAGAGCGCCCAGAGCGAUCCCAGUGACACGGAGUCCGAGGGCCAGAAAAUGGCGCGGCUGACUCUCCUCAUGUGCUUAACUUUUGUCCUCAACAUGCUGCCCGUGUUUAUUACGGAGGCGCUGCAAACCACGCUGAGCCGGCACGCUUUCAUCAACAUCUCCACCUGCACCCUGGCCGUCUCGGCCAUCCAGACCAUCGUGUACCCGCACCUGAUCGCGUGCAGCGACGACGUGGUGCACAGGGCCGUGCACAAGUUGAAGCUCCGACUGAGGAACGUGUGCUCGUGUGGUACGGACCGCCAGUCGCACUGCCAGGUGGAGGAGAGUUCGAGCACGAGCCAGGUGUAGGGUACGGGGAUACUCCGGGACGAUAAGGUCAUGAGAGGGACAUUCCACUGCAAGGUGGCUGCCGUGGGGAGAAAUUCAACUCUACCCAAAACAACGUUCGAGGGUAAGCGUAUUUGGUAUUGCAAGCGGGUUUCAGUGGCGGAACUUUCAACAACAAGAAUGUGGCUAUGUACACCUAUCAGGAGUGGGAGGGUCACGAGAAAGAGAAGAUUUUGUUUGGAGAUAAAGCCCCGAAUUCGGUGUAGUACCUACAAGCGUCAACAAGUUUCUUCACACACCUGGAUUCUCAAGUGAUUUGGGUGUAGUGCCUAAAGGUGUUAACAAGUUUACUCACACACCUGGAUUCUCACGUGAGUUGGGUAUAACACCUGAAGGUGUCAACACGUUUACUCGAGCAAGCUCACUCGUACACCUGGAUUCUCCCUGAGUUGGGUGUAGUAACUUUAGGUGUCAAUGUUAUCAACGGUGCAUGUGGAUUUUCGCUAGUCCAGACUUAAUUUUUCAAUCUCGGACCAUGAACAACAUUGAACUAUAACAUCCCGUUUACAGACACAAACCUCUUCUCGCCACAUUUAAA